UCCUUUGCGCUUCCUUUUCCAGCAGCGCCUGCGAACAUGGCGGACGUGGUUGCGGAGCAGGUAGCGGACCCGAUCCCCGUCCCGGACCGGGAGCAGAACGGGGAGGCGGAGGACAGGGAGGAGGCCGAGCCCGUGGGGGAGGCGGCGAAGAAGAAGAAGAAAAAGAAGAAGAAGAACAAGUCCGCAACGACAGGCGCUGAGGCGGAGGGUGAUGGAGUGGCCGAAGUGACCAAGCAGCUGGAGAAGCAGGCGAUAGAAGACAAAGAGAAAGAGGAGGACGGCGAGGAAGAUGGAGACGAUGGAGAAAACUCGGCAGGGAAAAAGAAGAAGAAGAAAAAGAAGAAGAAAGGACCCAAAACGCAGACUGAGAUUCCAUCUGUGCCAAUCUGUGAUUUGUACCCAAGUGGAGUAUUCCCCAUCGGACAGGAGUGUGAAUACCCCACCUUACAGGACGGCCGCAGUGCAGCGUGGCGUACGACCCACGAGGAGAAGCGUGUGCUGGAUAAAGCCAACGAGGAGGUUUGGAACGACUUCAGACAGGCGGCCGAGGCGCACAGACAGGUCCGCCAGCACGUCCGCGGCUUCAUGAAACCCGGCAUGACCAUGAUUGAGAUCUGUGAGCGGUUGGAGGACUGCUCUCGUAAGCUGAUAAAGGAGGACCGUCUGAACGCCGGUCUGGCUUUCCCCACCGGCUGCUCCCUCAACCACUGUGCUGCCCACUACACUCCCAACGCCGGAGACACCACCGUCCUGCAGUACGACGACGUCUGCAAGAUCGACUUUGGCACGCACAUUAACGGGAGAAUCAUUGACUGUGCCUUCACCGUCACAUUUAAUCCAAAGUAUGACAAGCUGCUGGAGGCCGUGAGAGACGCCACCAACACUGGAAUCAAAAACGCUGGCAUUGACGUGCGUCUGUGUGACGUUGGAGAGGCCAUUCAAGAAGUGAUGGAGUCCUACGAGGUCGAGCUGGACGGCAAAACAUACCAAGUGAAGCCGAUCCGAAACCUGAACGGUCAUUCUAUCGGUCAGUACAGGAUACACGCUGGGAAGACCGUGCCCAUCGUUAAAGGAGGAGAGGCUACGAAGAUGGAGGAGGGAGAAGUUUAUGCCAUCGAGACCUUUGGCAGCACCGGUAAAGGGAUGGUCCACGAUGACAUGGAGUGUUCUCACUACAUGAAAAACUUUGACGUCGGCCACGUCCCCAUCAGGCUUCCCAGAGCGAAGCACCUUCUGAACGUCAUCAACGAGAACUUCGGCACGUUGGCGUUCUGCCGGCGUUGGCUGGACCGCCUGGGCGAAAGCAAGUACCUGAUGGCGCUGAAGAACCUGUGCGACCUGGGCAUCGUGGACCCGUACCCGCCGCUCUGCGACACCAAGGGCUGCUACACCGCUCAGUUCGAGCACACCAUCCUGCUCCGGCCCACCUGCAAGGAGGUGGUGAGCCGAGGAGACGACUACUGAUCCUCCAAGCCAAACCCCCAUCAACAACAACAGCAGCACACCCAGCGUCUCCUCCACCACACAGCACCACCCCCCAAAAAACCAGCUUCUUAAACAGGACGCUGUCGUCUCAGAGCGGCUUUGAGGGACGCCAAAUGCUGCUGUACUCCACCCACAAUGCACCACUCCCAGCUUGCAAGGAAGAAGGGACCGGCUCUCCGGGUUCUCUAUCAUCCACCACGGCUACAGAAAAUGUAAAACAGGCCAACACGUUUCUGUCGGGAGGAAGUAUUGUAGAUCCUGCGGACCUCAUUUUGCAUUAAAAAAAAAUUAUGUUUAUUUAAGCUGCUGCUGAAUCUUUUGCGCCCCAAGUAUUCAAAGAGACGGUGAGCGUCUUAUACCUCCCUUUUCAUUUUCAAAGUUUUCUACGGCUCCGCGCUGAGCCUCCAGUACUUUAGUGCUCCAGUUAAAUUCCACACAAACACUACUGACGGGGUAAAGAAGUGGUUCGGCCUCUGCAUGGCCAGAAAUGUCUGCAAACAGACGACUCCUAACAUUUAAAGCUCGGGGUGACGCAGUCAUAAAUCCUCGUAAGAACACCGUGCAUCAUGUAUGUUUGGCUUCUGUCGCAACGGGGGGGGGGCUCUCUGCACUCUGACCCCUCCAGUCAGCGCUUCUUUGAUAUUUGUAAAAUAUCUUUGAAAUCGUUGCUGCAACUGUUUGCUCCCCAGUUUAAAAAAAAAAAAAGCUUAAUUUUGAACACCCUGAAAAUGUUUUUUGUAAGAAAGAAAAAAAGGUUGAUUAAAAUGAUUUUGCGCAUUGUGGGUCCGUCCU